AUGGCGUUUGAUUUUGAGGAGAGCAUUACUCAGCUCAUAAGGCAGCCUUCGGUGCAAUAUAAUGCUCCUCCUAGAUACAUCUCGAAAUUUCGGGAUUCGGUGAGAAGUGCAUCAAUGGAGGGAAAAAGUUCCCACAAGACUCUGGGAGUUCCUAAUAUCCGACUCCGAUCUCCAAGUGAAUUUUUAAGAAAAAAUUCGAGACUUGAGAUGAAGAGAGACGAUAUAAACCACAAGCACUAUCAUAUUCCUAAUUAUCAGCAUAAAUUACCGCCUUGGGAGAAAGUCAAAAUUUCGAAGAAAAAAACGGAUGGAGUUGGUGAUGCUGAGAAAGAUAAAUCUCCAGGUCGCAACUUCGCAAAACAAAAUAUCAUUGAUGCCAAGAAACUCCAGCCACGAAAACCGAGAAUGUAUUAUGUCGACGACAGAAGAGGAAGUUCACACCCAUUAAUUCCUAGUGGACUUUACCCGCUCUACAGAGAUCGAAUGAAUUCGAAGGAGUCGUUGGGAAAAAAAUCUGUGGAAGGAAAGGACGGAGUAGAACGCCCAGUCCCGAGAAAAAUCAAUUCUGAGGACAGACAAGUAUUAUCUGGAAUCGAGGGUCAACCGGAAACUCCUAUCCGAGCCGAAGAGAAACACAGGGAGACUCAAGAGAUUCCGGAAAAAGAUUCUAAACCUUCUGACCCUCCUAAACCACUUCAACCUACUGAGAGUGCAGUUGUAACUUCUAAAAAAAAGAAAGAAGCAAUGUGCCGAUAUGUCACUGAUGAAGAACGUGCUGAGCUUUUAUAUGGAAUGAAGAAAAAAUUCGAAGAGCUCAUGCAUGAAUUCCAGGUUCUCCCCUUUCUCACAGACACUCCUCCAAAAGCCAAAAGGAAAGCAAAAAUGGAGAAAGACUUGAAUCAAUUGGAGAAAGACAUCGAUUUAAUUGAACGCCAUCCUCGUAUCUACGUUUAUGAGGGAAAUCAGUAG